AACGGAAGCACGUUAAGAAGAGGGCACGACAAGAGCCUGCCUCACAGAAUGUCUACCUGAGGCUCCUUGUGAAGGUUUGUAGUAUUUGGCUAUUCUUCGUUUGAAUCUGAUUUUUGUUGAGAUGAAGCUCUGACGAAUUUUAAUUAAUUUUCUUCUUGCAGCUCUACCGUUUCUUGGCCCGCCGUACAAAUGCAACUUUUAAUAAAGUUAUUCUGAAACGUCUUUGCAUGAGUCGUGUGAAUCGGCCACCUAUCGCUCUUUCUCGUAUGGUAAGAUUCACGUCCUCUAUAUCGUUAUCAGUUCUUUUUUCUCUCUUUCUCUAAUCGAUCACUGUACAUAAUGGGAAAUCGUAUAUACUGUUGAUUUUUUUCGUAUUUUCCAUCAGGUGAGAAAAAUGAAAGCAAAGGGUGACUUCUCAGGGAAAAUUUGUGUUGUUGUUGGAACUAUCACAGAUGAUUUGAGGUUGUAUGAGGUGCCGGCAUUGAAGGUUAGUCCUACAGUCAUAGGUUUGUGAUUUGACUUUCUUUUAGCAAGAUGCCGGGAUAAACCUUGCUCUUUUCCAUUGAUGUUUGGCUCAGUUAGAGAUGUUGGUAAAUUAUGUUGGAGAGAAAAUAAUAGCCGAAACCUACUUUUUGUUGUACAACUUGUCAUGUUAAAGAGAGGGAGGAAAAUUUGUUUGGGUUUUGCAAUAUACUGCAAAUGGGCAAAGUAGUUUGCAGGUAUGAUAAGUUUUUUGGGCCUCGUACAUGUAAUAAUCACUCCAGUGUUAGAUCUAGCAGGCAACAGGAGUUUCUCUGGGAGCUUUGACUGUGAGUAGUUUUUCUUCAGUGUCCUCCUGAUUAAAGUAAUUUAGUGUAUGCUCUCCCCUUUGUCUUGAAGGUUUGUGCACUUCAUGUGACUGAGGGGGCACGUGCAAGGAUUUUGAAGGCUGGUGGAGAGGUUAUCACCUUUGACCAGCUUGCCUUGAGGGCACCUAAAGGAAACAACACUGUGUUGCUUCAAGGUAAUUUGCAUGUGUCUGGUGUGGAAUGAAUGAUAUAUUGUAUUAACUUUAGUUGGAAAUAGAGAUGGAUUCCUUAAAAUUGAUGUAUGACUGGAGACUACUUCAAUAAUAGAAGUGUUAUUUUGUCCAGCAGCAAUUAUUUGUUGCUGAUUUUUUAAAUUGCGAUGGUCCACAGGCUGGAGUAAAUUGAAAUUUUUCCUGUUAGAAGUGAGUACGCUCUUAUGGGUAAAGGGUCCCAAGGGUUUUAAGAUUUAUAAGUGUAGGUAUUAUUGUUAUAAAGUAACUAUUUGUUUAACAUGGGCAUAUAACUGCAAUGUUACUGAAAGCCCAGUGCUAGUGAACCAGAGUUACUAGGUUUCAUGAUUUUAAUGAUAUAUUGAAGUUUUGUAUAGAUGUGGAUUAGCAGAGAGUUGACAAGAGUUUUUCACCUGUUUUCUUUUAUUUUGAGCAUUUUUAAAAGCACAGGACUUUGUUACUCUGCAAAAAGAAAAAAAAUAAUAUAUAUACAUAAUACAUAUUGACAUGAUGUUAAUUCUGUAGCACCUUGAAGGCUACUUAAACAUACUAAAGCUCCCCUUUGAACUUGGCUGAAUCCAAUAUGCUCAUUUCCAAUUCUUUUUUUAAAUGGUAUGAUAGGUGUUUUGUUUGUGAUGGGUUUGGGUCCUAGGAAAGCCCGCACAUGAUGAUAAGACACGACGGUCUUCUAAUGCAAACAGCAAUUGAUGAAUUCGUAGUGGUAUUCUGAUGUGGGUAAUCUUAAUCCAUUCAUGUAACACUACAUUUCACUGCCAUAAUUUCAAGGUUACAACAGUAGCUCUUCUUUCCCACUAUUCUUCAGAAUGGAUUACAAAACACUUGUCUUUUUGUUUUAGGGCCGAGGAAAGCUCGUGAAAGUGUGAGACACUUUGGCCCUGCCCCAGGUGUUCCACACAGCAAAACAAAGUAAGUGUGUAUUUAAGUCAGUAGAGAGGAAGAUUGUACAUGGAAACGUUGGGUCAGGAAGUUUGAAUAAUAUAAUCUUAUUACAACAAAAAAAGAGAGGAGUGUACUUUUGAGUCACAAAAGUUUAUAGUUUGUCAAUGACAUUGUGAGGUUUUCAGUGUUCCCCGAUUCAUCAUUAUUGGCUUGUCAUCUACCAUGUACUUUAAACUGUCAAGGGAAACCUAUUUUCACAAAUUAUGCAUGUGGGCAUAUUAACGUUCCUUUCUUGGGAGAAUUUGUCUGCCACUGAAUCUCUCCCUGUCUUUGUCAUCAUCGUGCUGUUGCUAUUUAUAGUCAUUCUUGACUUAUUAGGUCUAAGCUGAGAAAAAAGCCCUAAUCUUUUCUAACUUGUGCUCAUUUUUGUUUUGAAACUUGAUUGGUUUACAGCUGUUUUUUUUUUUUAACUUGUACCAGCUGUUUGGUUCAAGCCAGGUUUUACAGGUCUGUAUUCAACAAGCUCACCUGUUUUUUCCAUAGUGGUAAUCAUCCUGUUUUCAUUUGUUUUACAGGCCAUAUGUUCGCUCCAAAGGACGCAAAUUUGAAAGAGCUCGUGGUCGGAGAAAGAGCCGUGGUUUCAAAGUGUAGAGAAGAUGUGGAGGCCAAAUGCACAAUAAUAAAGUUGUUUCUCAACCUAAUAUUGAAGGAUGUCCUCCUUAUUUUUAUUAAGUUAUUACUUUCAUCCCCAACUGCUUAUGAGUAUUGUCUCUAGACAUCCAAACCUCUUUUACCCUCUCACAUACCUGUGAAACUCAGUCAUGUAAUUCUAUGGAAAUUUGAUUUUUGCAAUGUGUACUUCACUGUGUGUUUCAGAGUAGUAUUCACUCUUCAGUUAAAUUACAAGAGUUACCCUAAGUCAGAAAUCAAAUUAUCACAUUGAACGGAUUUCAAGGGUGUCAAUCAUUUAAGUGCUAAAGGAGAUGUAUAUGCUCAGAUUCAUAUGCUUCAAAAACUAUUCAAUUUUUAUCUCCAUUGUUAAAAGUAUCAAUCAAAAUCUACUUCUUUUGAGCAUAUCAGAUUCUGAAAUGUAAUCUAACCAUUCAAAAAUCGUCUUCAAAUGGGCAAAGAAAUCAUCUCUGGCACCAUUUCAAACAGCAGUCAGCAACGUGCUGACUAAAUGUACUGUGGAAAAAAUUUCUAGUGCUUUCAACAAUGUAGCUAUCUCAAUAGAAUAUUCCCAUCACUGAGGUAAAUGGUACUUGCCGAACACUUGUACACCAG